AUGGAGGAGAAGCAGCUUGAGAACCUCGCAGGGAGCUGUGAUUGGUUUGGUUGUGGAAGUAGGAUUAUUGUCACACUCAGGGACCUUAGGACAAUACGAAAUAAAGACAACCAAACACGACCUAACAAUUACAUGGAUUACUCAAUAAAGGAGAUGCCUUUGGAUCAAGCGAUACGGCUUUUCAGCAAGCAUGCUUUUAGAAGUGAUAUUCCUUCAAAAGAUUGCUAUACAUUCUCAAAAGAGGUUGUUUCAAGCGUAGGAAAGCUUCCUUUGACUCUAGAAACUGUGGGUUCCCUUUUCGCCAACACAGUCAGAUCCAAGUGGGAUGAGAAAUUGGAGGAGUUAAAGCAAAUCCCACCUCAUGAUGUCCGAGAAACGUUGAUGAUAAGUAUCAACAAAUUGGACAACAUAGAAAGAGCCAUAUUCCUAGACAUAGCAUGUUUUUGCAUUGGGAAGCAUAAGACUCAUGCGGACUACAUGUGGCAUAGUAUCGACUAUUCUCCAUGCUGGGCGAUUGAUGUUCUUCUCCUCAUGUCAUUGAUAAAGAUUGAUGAGUACAAUUGUUUCUGGAUGCAUGAUGAAAUUCGAGAUCUGGGAAGGUAUAUCAUUAAGGAAGAGAAUUUUGAAGAUGCUGGAAAGCGACGUUGGGUGCAUAUUGAUGAGAAUACCCUAGACAUACUGGGGAGCAACGAGGAAAAACAAGCUAUACGAGCACUCAGUGUGGGCAUUAGUCAUGACCUAACACCUGAAGAAUUAGCCGGUUUGCCACAGCUGAGGUUCCUUGGAGGGGGAAGAAUGAAUUUCAUAGGUGAUUUCAAAGAUCUCCUUCAUAAUCUAAGAUGGUUGUCUUGGCAUCAUUGUCCACUAGAUCUUUCAGCAAUGAAUUUUCAGCCGGUGAAUUUGGUCAUGCUUGACCUUUCAAGAAGCGACAUCACCCACGAUUGGGGUGGAUGGAGGCAAAUUGAGGUGGCGAAAAAAUUAAGAGUUCUAAAUUUAACGUGGUGCAUGGGGUUAACCAAGACACCUGAUUUUUCUGAGUUUGGCAAGUUGGAGAAAUUGAUUCUCGCUUCGUGUUCAAAUUUGUCUAUGAUUGAUAGCUCAAUCGGUAAGCUCAAACAGCUAAGUACUUUGAAUAUUCGAGAUUGCUAUUCCCUCCAUGGGUUGCCUAAAGAAAUCGGUUCUCUAGAAUGCUUGUCAGAGAUAAUCAUGCCCCAGGCUGCCUCGUCAUGCUUAUCCAAACCGUUCAAGCUUCCCGAGACACUAGGCAAUCUAAAAUCUUUGAUUAAGUUUGAAAUUUAUGAUAAUUUUCGUAUCCACCAACUUCCUCACUCUUUCGGAAGGUUAACGAAUCUAACGCAUUUGCGGUUGACUUCAUGCUAUCAUCUAGCUGAGCUUCCGGACUCUAUUGGGGAACUAGACUCAUUGGUUGAGUUAGACAUAAAUCAUUCGGGCAUCUCUAUUCUACCUGAUUCUAUUGGAAAUCUGAAAAGACUAAAAGUCUUAAAUGUGGCAUUCACAAAGAUACACACGAUACCCGGUGCUCUUGGAAGGGUGGAGUCGCUUGAAGAGCUUGAUGCCUCGUCUUGUCCGCAUCUCAUGGAUGAAAUCCCAUGGGAAAUGUGGAGCCUGACCCGUCUAAGUAUAUUGGACUUGGAUCGGAGCCCAGUCUCUACAGUGCCAACAAAUUCAAGUGGUUUCUCUAAUCUCGAAAUGCUUAGAAUUGCAAGUAGCCGGCUUCGCCCGUUGCCAAAGCUUCCCUCGAGUUUGAAAUGUCUAGUGAUUGAGGCUGGUGAUAUCCCUGUUCUUCCUGACCUCUCAAGCCUAGUUCACUUAGAUCAUCUCGAAGUGGGAAGCAAAUAUUUUAGUAAUGAGUCUGUGAUAGCGAACAAGGUUAUCUCGCUUUGGACGGAAGCCCAGUCCAUACAUCGGCUUCCACGUGGCUUAUCAACCUUGAAACUUUAUUGGGUCCCGCAAUUGCCAGAUUUUUUUGGCUUCAAAAGCUUGUCGAUUCUCCGUAUCAGCUACUGUCCGGUGCCACAUUUCCCCGUACUUAAAUACUUGGAAAGCUUAAGGGAAUUGGGGAUACAUUGGUGUGACUUCUUAGAGAGCACACCUGAUCUAUCGUGCUUGAAGAGGUUACAAGAGUUGACGCUAUUCUUCCUAGACAAAUUGGCGGAUAUUCCAGGUUUGGGGGAAGUGGAAUCACUGAAGUCUCUAAGCAUUGGUACAUGUAUUGCAAUUGAACAAUUGCCUAACCUGUCGAAAUUGAAAAAUCUACAGCAUCUCUAUAUUUCUUCUUGUCCAAAGUUCAGAGCAGUUGAAGGCUUGAAAGAGUUGAAUUUUCUGAAGAAGGUCGAGAUAAAAAAUUGCCCGUCCAUGGAAAUGUUGCCCAAUGUGUCGACAUUUACUAAGUUGUGGAGAGAUUCGUUGUCACUAGAAGCUGCCAUUUGUGAACUUGAACGUCAUAAGAGAUUCAAUGUCACCAAAAGCUGGAGAAGACAAUACGUUUGGCAAUGCCUUGCCAAAGCCCUUUGA